GCUGCAGGCUGACUGGGUGAUCUUCUGGGUGCUCAUGAUGGCGUCAGCACACGACAGAGCGGUCCUGCAGGCCAUCUUCAGCCCCAACAGUCCCUUUGAAGAUGUCCCGCACCUGGAAGUGGACCAGGACUUGAUGGAUGAAGACAUUUUGUUUGACGCGGACAAGCUGAGGGAAGUCAAGGACUUGGAAGGACGCGGAGUGUCAGCGGCCGAAGAUGGACACUUGCAGGAGGCCCUUGACAUCUUCUCUCAGGCCAUCCAAGUUCUUCCUCAGCGCCCGUCCGCCUACAACAACCGAGCUCAGACCCUACGACUGCUGGGCAACACGGCGGGUGCGCUGGAGGACUUGGAGCGAGCCAUGUCUCUGAGCACAGGUGCAGGUGUGACUUCCCGCCAGGCGCUGGUCCAGAGGGGUCUGGUCCACAGGUUGCGGGGUCAGGAGGACUUGGCCCUGGCAGACUUCCAGAAGGCGGCAGCGCUGGGCAGCGACUUUGCCCGCCGGCAGGUGGUGCGCAUGAAUCCUUACGCCGCGCUCUGCAACUCCAUGCUGACACAGGUGGUCCAGUCCUUGCGCAACCCUCAGGUGUCUGCCCCUGACCUUUGACCUCGGUUGAUCAAUAAACUGAUUGGUGUUGAAAUCAUUCUGACUAA